CACCAUUGCCCAGCGCGAUUCCACCACGAUCCUGUCAAACAUAUCACCUGUCGAACCUAUCCAAACCUUAUUUUCAAAACCCAAAGGCACUUUUAAGAGCCAACCUCUAUCUCUUCAUUAUUUUCGAUAUCUUACAUCCUCUCUGUUCUCUCACUAUCUAUAUUUCUGUCCAUCUCUUCAAUCUUUAUCUAUCUCACAGUCAUCUAUUGCUCUUUCUUUCCUCCCUGUCUGUCUUUGUCUACUUGUCUGUCUUACCCAUCUUUGUCUGUCUGUCUGUAUCUGACUGUCUGUCUGUCUGUAUCUGACUGUCUGUCUGUCUGUCUGUAUCUGACUGUCUGUCUGUCUGUAUCUGACUGUGUGUUAUAAUGCCAGGGGGGUCUACAAAAAAGAUCUGCCCCUUUUGUCAGGGGAUUUUAUUUUGCGCUCAAAAGAUCUGCUCACAUUGUAAAAAGGAGCAGCCUCUGAAGCAGCGCCUCAAGAAGAAGCUUCAGAGGUUUGAUGAGAAGCGAGAGGAAUGGGUGGUUGGUCGUAAGAAAAACCACAACACUGCAUCCAUCAAGGAUGAAGCCAAUAUCAUGCUUGAGAAACUCCAUGCCAUUGGCUACAAACCAGUUCUGCUACUAGGAAAGGAGAACAAAAAAAAAGAAAUUAAGUGUGAAAUAUUAACGCCUCGCUGCACACUCUCCACCUUUGCCCAGGACUACCUACAGAAGAUAGGUUCAUUUUAUGAAUACCUUUGUGAAGGAUGGACCCAGGAUUCCAGUGGCAAUGAGGAUCAGCUGAUUACUCUGCAGCUCACACCCUGCGAGGCGGAAUCCACGGAGGGGCAAGUGGAGCAGGUGGAAUCCACGGAGGGGCAAGUGGAGCAGGCGGAAUCCACAGAGGGGCAAGUGGAGCAGGCUGAAUCCACGGAGGGGCAAGUGGAGCAGGCUGAAUCCACGGAGGGGCAAGUGGAGCAGGCUGAAUCCACGGAGGGGCAAGUGGAGCAGGUGGAAUCCACGGAGGGGCAAGUGGAGCAGGCGGAAUCCACAGAGGGGCAAGUGGAGCAGGCUGAAUCCACGGAGGGGCAAGUGGAGCAGGCUGAAUCCACGGAGGGGCAAGUGGAGCAGGCUGAAUCCACGGAGGGGCAAGUGGAGCAGGCGGAAUCCACGGAGGGGCAAGUGGAGCAGGCGGAAUCCACGGAGGGGCAAGAUGUCUUCACAGGGUCAGCCAGGGGCACAGUCUCAAAGCGAAAAAAAAAAAGUCAGGGGGACCAAGGCAUAUGCCUGAAAGGAAAAGGCACCAAAAGAAUUGCUCCUACCACACUCGCCUAGAGGUUUUCCCCAUCAGGAGUGUAGUAAGAGAAAGAGUGAGGAAGGUUAGACAGUCAUAAAGGAACUGCAGAGUGUAGGCAGUAUGCAGAGUGUAAUAUAUGAUUUAGAAACUUCCGUGUGUUUUGGCAAAUACAUAUUAUACAUACCAUAUUUGUUAGGUAGAUACUUUUUAUGUGUUCAGUCUUUUUGAAUUACAGUUUAUGAAGGAGUGUCUUCUGAAAAUCAAUGAAACUCAAUGCCUAUAAUCAGACAUAAUAGCCUUAUGCUAAGAAUGGAUUUUAUUUUUUGUCUUUUCUUACAUUAGGGCAAAGCAGAAAUGCUGGUUGACUGGGAGUCCUGU